AUGAAGUAUGUUGGAGGUCAGAUAUGUGAAGUACCUAGAGUGGAGUUGGAUCUGUUUUCGUUCUUUUGUGUCAGAGACCUUGUGCGGGGUUUUCUUGGUUAUCCUGAUGAUCACUAUAAGCUUUGGUGGAAAAGGCGAGAAGAAUGCUUUGAUCUUGACCUGAAGCAAAUAUGCCUGGACAAGGAUGCUAUGAAAAUUGCAAGGUAUGUUCAGUCUGGGGUAAGGCAGGUGGAUGUCUACCCUGAACAUACAGUGGAGUUGCCAGUGGAAGAAGAACCUGCUGCUGCUGGGAAUGUGAUAUCACCUAUUAAUGGUGAGAAAAUGUGGCCAAAGAUAUGUGAGGAUCCAAUUCUGCCUCCUGAAUUCAAAAGAGGGCCUGGUAGGCCUAAAAAGUUGAGGAGGAGGGAGCCUGAUGAACAACCACACCCUACAAAACUACCUAGAGGAGGAUCAGGAUACACAUGUGGUAGAUGCCACCAGAAAGGGCACAAUCAGAGAAAGUGUCAUCUGCCACCACCCCCACCACCACCAAUCUCUGAGAACAUUGAUGAGGAUAAUGGAACUGAAACAGAUAACCUAUCACAGGUGUUUGGUAUUAAUAUUGAUGGAACAAGCCUUGAAGCUGGAGCUGGAACAAAUGAUGAAGUCACUGCUGCAAAGGCAAAAGACAAAGCACCCCCAAAAACUACCUCUAAACCACCACCAAAAGCUGCUGCAAAAGCAACUUCUUCAAACCCAAAGCCAAAAUACAAAGCACCCCCAAAACCUACCUCUAAACCACUACCAAAACCAAAACCAUCUUCACAGCCACCACCAACAGUUUCUGCAAAACCUCCACAGGCACCAAGACCUUCUUCACAGCCACCUCCAAGAGCUGCUGUAACACCACAACAACCACCAAAACCUUCUUCCCAGCCACCUACAAAACUUGCUGGAAAACCACCACAUCCAACAAGACCUUCUUCCCAGCCACCUCCACCAAAACCACAACAGCCACCAAAAGCUACAUCACAGCCCACUACAAGAUCAGCUGCUAAGUCUGGCCUAGGAGGAAGAAAGAGAGGUCGUGACAAUGAGAUUGGCCAUUGGGUUCUAAAUGACUUCAAAGAUGCUGCAACUAGAUCUACAAUUAGAAGAGGAAAAGCCAAAGUUGUUGGCAGUGAAGGACAGGGAAAUAAAGGGAGGAUGUCAAAGAAGUAA